AUGACGAAGAUCCGACCAAACCACCCUCCGCCGACGCUUCUCUCCACCGCUCCACCGAUACAAGAGUUUUCCAACGGCUUGAUUCUGAUGCACGAGUUCAUCACGAAAGAGGAAGAGGACGAGAUGAUACGCGAAUACCACAUUGCGACGGCCUCACGCGAUGGCCGCGCGUUGAAACGAGGAGCGGUGCAUUACGGCCCGCACUUUGACUAUACCACCUUUGCCGUGUCCAAAUCGGCCAGCACGCCGCCGCCUGAUUACCUCACGCGCUUGCUGAGUCGCUUGCCUGCCAGAGAUGAUAAGGAUAUCCCUGAUCAGUACACAUUGCAGCACUACCCGCCGGGCACCGGGAUUCCUCCACACGUGGACACCCAUUCAGCUUUCGAAGAGACCAUCUACAGCCUCAGUUUCGGCGGUUCAACACGCAUGGAGUUUAAGCUGUGCGGAGAGAAGGAGUCGAGACGGUUGCGCCUCCCGAAGCGAUCGCUCGGUGGAGGCAGUGAGGAACCUCCGCAGCCGCCUUCAUCUCCUGCCGAAGUGAUUGACGAAAAGACGGAAGAGUGGGAGUUGGAACUGCCAGCGAGGUCGUUGUUAGUGAUGAGAGGGCCGUCCCGGUAUGGCUAUACGCAUGGGAUCAAGGGGAGGAAACAUGAUCAAGAGGGCUCGAGGUUAGUCGCGAGGCAGGACCGAUAUUCGUUGACCAUGCGGAGGAUCAAGCCGGCGGAGAGGAUUGGCUGCGAUUGCGAGUAUUCGCAUGUAUGUAGUUAA